GUGAGCAACAAGGAUAAAACGAUCCACCGAAGCACUCGGGUGAUGUUUCCAAACGUAGCCUACAUUAUGGUUAUACUAUAAUUCGGCCUUUCAGAUCAGUUGCUCUACGACGUUGCUUCUUCUUUCCUCCUUAGUAAGCCAGUGUGGUCGAAGUUGUUCAGAAGGACGGAAAUCUUAGUGCCCUUGGCGGUCCAAUAAAGAAGAGAAAGGAGGGAUUGCGUGAAUCAUACCAAGUCACACGAUCUCGUUUCGAGGAGACAUAUGUCGGUCUAUCUCUCGUGAUCUGUUAGUCAAAACUUAAGAAAUGGGAGUCCCUUCGUCCGCGAGUACGAAAGUCGACACAUUGAACGAGAUCUAUUAUUUGAAAAGUCGGAUAGAGCAGUAUAAACAAAAGGCACAGAUAACCUUGCAGUCCAGUAAUGAAACUAGCUGUUCGAGCAGAAAGUUGAAAUUUGUAAUGCCAAAAGUUCAGUCGGACCCAAAGUGUCUGGUUUGCGCUACUUCUUUAAAUUCUAAAAUGUUACCUGAGAGUUCGGCUAAAAAUGUGCACGUAAAAUCUAGAUUGCUCGCCACAAACGUACACGUUAAUCCAAACUUUAAACCGCAACAACUAACAGUACAUAUCAAUCCGAAUAUCCAUGCUAAGCCUCUGAUACAUAUUAAUCCAAAGAUGAUGCACGAUAUUUCUAAUUCAAAUCAAAAUUUCCAAAAUGUAAGCACAACAAACACUACGAUACACACUACGAUGCAAACAAACAUAGAUAACUGUACGGGGCAAACGAAUGUCAAGAGGUCUAUAUAUGUUAAUCCGACAUUAUUGAAGAAAUUAUCUUCUUCCAAAGAAAAGUCGACAAAUUCCAGAGAAUCUGUUACGACAGAGCGACUUGUUCGCUCAAGGUUGAAGUUUGUAAAAAAUAUCGAUAAUCGAAAGAUCUCGCCACGGAAGGCUAGUAGCUCCAGCAUUGUACUUUUAUCACGUAGGAAGCUCGUGAGAGUGUCGAAACCUCCAGAAAAAUAUGUAGGAUUAAAAGAAAAAAAAUUUGAGACAGUGUCACAGAAAAUCUUGAAAGUAAAACCAUCGAUGAGAAAUACAUUACAGUCUACUAGUAUGAUGUCUAAUUUAUCAAAAUUAAAUGUCAGUAAAUCUAAUAAUAAGUCUAAAGUGACCACAUAUAAAAUAGAUAGAACCAUGUUACAUGUACCCAAAGCUAAAGGAACCAGCCUUCCAAAAAUGACAAAAGUUCUACACGACACGAAGAAACUCGUUACUAUUGGUGGUAUUGUUUAUAGAGCUUCCAAAAAUAAAUUAAUUCGAAGGAAUUCUGUAUUGAAACGGAAACGAUCAGUCAGUGGAAAAAAUGAUAAAUUUAUUCUCACUAAUAAAAAACAACAAAUGGGCAAAGAAACUUUAAAUAGUAUGUCAGAAACGAAUGUCAAUAGUAAAACAAGACUUAGUUUAAAUAUAUUUCCGAAAGCUACUUAUAAAAAUAGUAUCAGCAAUAAAGCGAAACAAAGAAGCAUACGAAUUCUACGAAAUAAAAUGCACAAGAAUAACCAGCCUUGCUUAAUUUACCAACGAUUCGGAUCUUGUCCAAAUUAUGAAAAUGGAAAAUGUGUCAAACGGCAUGAUAAGAAGCAGGUGUCACUGUGCAAAAAUUUUCUGCAAGGAAGAUGCUUCUUAAAGAAAUGCUCUUUAUCUCAUGAUGUUGGACCUGAGAAGAUGCCUACGUGCAAGUACUUCCUCGAUGGCUGUUGUACGAGAGACGCUUGUCCUUAUCUUCAUGUUAAAGUGUCUUCGAACACUUCAAUCUGCAUAGACUUUUUACAAGGAUACUGUGCUAAGGGAAAUAAGUGUCAACGGCGUCACGAGUAUCUUUGUCCUGAAUUUAACAAGUCGGGGAAUUGCAGCAAAGGUGAGUGUUGUCCUUAUCCUCAUAAAUCGCAUUCUUCUAAUUCCGAAAAAAGCACCAAAUAUUUGAGCAAGACGCAUGAUACGCAAAAACAUCAUGCAGCACUUACCACAAAGGAUAAUUCCGAGAUCUCAAACUCGGAGGGUAGAUUAAGAUAUUACGAAAUAGCUGGUGGUUUACCUGAAGAAAUUGAGAAAAAGAAAGAAAUUCCAAUUGCCGAUCCUGUAGAACAAAGUCUAGUAAACGAGAAUAAACAAAAUAAAUAUUUAAUCAAAGAAAAUAAAUGUGAGUUGGAGACAACGGUUUAUGAUCGUAAUAAUGCAAAAAAGAAAUUUUCUAUUGGCAGUUAUAUCCCUAUUGAUCAUCUUUAAUUUUUUUCUAAAUAAGUUUUCAAGUUAAUUUAAGAUGAUAACCAUUAAAUAUAAUUAAUUGAAUUAUUUCACUCAAGGCAUAUGUGUUUGGAGAUCUCAUUUUUAAUGAUUAUUAUAUAUUCGUUAGAAAAUUACAUAAAUCUUUCGUAUAGUUAUUUGAAAGCACAAAAUUAAAUUUACUACCGUUUUUGUUUUAUAAUGAAAUGUUACGCUACUACAUUCUAUUAUGGUUCAUAAUAUUAUGAAUAAGUAAUUUUCAUGUAAUACGAGUACUCUAUGUGCUGUGGUAUAUCGAGUACUAAUCCUAGGUAUCUAGAUCUACCUAGGAUACUUGUUAACCCAAUGAUUGAUUAUCUCGGAUAUAUUAUAUUACAAAUAAUUUAUAUUGUAAAUUGUAAAUAUAUAUUACAAAAAUAUAUAAUAAAAGGGUAACUUUCCUAUUUACAAACAUUCUUUUUUUACGAAUUAUUUGUAAUAGAAAUUUUUUAUCAUGUAUUUACGUAUGUAUUUAUAAUUUUAUAUAAAUCUUGGAGCGAUUUCCACCAUACAUAUGCACGAUAAAUAUCGAGAGAAUAAUUGUUAGCCCCGGAAAAAAAUUGAAAAUUUUCAUAUACAUAUAUCUCGACGUAAUAUCUAAUUGUACCUCACGUAAGAUCCAAUUAAAAAAAUUAUCAUAUCUUCAGAGAUUUGACAUUUUUCUUGAAUAUUCGAGAUUAUAUAUUGAGAUCUAACAAAAUCUAAUUAGUUAUAAAAAUAGCCCUAAUAGGAUAUUUAAUUCGAUCUCAAUAAAUAAUAACCUCGAUUAUUCAAGAGAAGUGUCAGAUCUCUGAAGAUCUGAUAAUUUUAGAAUUGGAUAUAAUUAGAUAUUACAUGAUUAAGAUAUACAUAUAUAUAAUAAAAUAUUUCCAUUUUUUCUCGGGGUGUGAAAUCAAAUCUUCAGCUGGUGUGAAUAAAAAUAAUUUGAUUGUAUAUCUUAUGAUUGAUAAAGUAUUUAAGGCUUCUGGCACCGGUAUUCAUAGUCGAUUCUUAUUUCAAAAUCAUCUUAAGUGUUGUCUUAAGACGCUAAUACGACUC